AUGAGAAGUAUAACGGAGAUGCGAGGGAUAGCGACUAGAUCACUUUAUUCUUUGCGCCGAUCCUUGUUAUCGCACGUCCGUCACGGGAUCCCCGUCGGCUCAGCCGGUGAAUGCUGCCGAGAAACUCCUCCGCUUGGUUCACUGUGGUCUGCUGUUCAACGCCGCGGCGUUAAAGUUAAUGCGAUUCAGCUAAGGACAGGGAAUGUCAUUGAAAGAACAGGACGUACUUUCCGGGUUGUAGAAGCAGAGCAUAAACAACAAGGCAGAGGAGGAGCCUCCAUACAUGUAGAGCUUCGCGAUGUUGACAACGGGAGCAAACUUAACUUGCGAUUUGGAGCUGAGGAGUCUGUUGAAAAGGUUUUUGUUCAGGAGAAAUCUUUCACAUGUUUAUAUACAGAGGGAGAUACUGCAUAUCUGAUUGAGCCCGAUACGUUUGAGCAAGUUGAAGUGCCAUUGGACAUAUUUGGCAAAGCUGCUGUAUAUUUAAAAGAGGAAAUGAGAGUUCAGUUGCAGCUGUAUGAUGGAAGAGCUUUAUCUGCAUCAGUCCCUAAGCAUGUCACAUGCACAAUUGAAGAAACACAACUUCCCAUGAAAGGCUUAACAUCAGCCCCUCGGUAUAAGAGAGCUCUCCUGGAUAAUGGUUCCACUAUUCAGGUGGCGGCUUCGUCCACUUCUAUGGACCAUCAGCUUCCUGAUCACCACUUCUCUUUAUGGAUGAGAAAAGUACCAUCAUAUCUCGAGGCAGGUGAGAAGAUUGUGAUAAACACUGAGGAUGAUUCUUUUGUCAAGAGGGACAACAAUUGA